GUUUGUUUUGUUCACAAAUGUGAUAUAAUAAUAAAAUACAAUAAUACAAAUUGUCAGAAUUUUCCUAAGUAAUGCUGCAACAUGGGCAGCUAUUGUGGCGACCGCUAGUACGCAGUCUGUUUACAACGCAUACGCAGUGGCAGAUCAACUAUUACGAUGAUUUGGGCAUUGGCAAGCGAUCCACACAGACGGAAAUUAAGGCGGCUUAUUACAAGUUGUCCAUGGCUUACCAUCCGGAUCGAAACAAGGGCAGUGAAGCUGCCGCGAAAAAGUUUCGGGAAAUCAAUCAAGCCUAUGAGGUGCUAGGAAACUAUCGAUUGCGACGUCUUUAUGACAAGGGUAUUGUUCACACGGCAGGACCUCAGUAUGCAGAGGAUCUGCGGAAUGCGGAGAAGGACAUAGAAAUUGAGGAGGACGACCCACAGACCAAGUUCUACAAGUCGCGCUUCACGAAAUCCAAAGUGGCCGACACGGAAGGACGCACGCCCAUUUACGAUUUUGACGAAUGGAGCCGAGCGCAUUAUGGUAAAAGCUUUGAUAGACGACAGGCGGCUCAGGAGAAAUACGAGCGUCUGCGUCUGCAAAAGGAACAGAGCAGAAUAUCUGGUCAAACUGAUUUGGUAAUGCUGACCAUGAUCUUUGCGGGCAUAGCUAUGUAUCUGAUAUUUGUCGCAGAGAGUUCGUAUGAUACGCCCAAACAAACGUCGUCGAAGCAGGAGAGUUACAGUAAGAAGCCGGAACAGUGAUCAACACUUACUACUACAGACGGUGGCAAUGUAUAGUAUGAUGAAAGAGUCUAGUUCAAUUUAACAUAAUUGUAAGCUUAAGUGUUUUAAAUAAAUACGCAAAUUAUACUUAAA